CUUUAUUUCCUUUUUCCAUGUGUUCACUAACCACUCUUUUCAAAAGCACUCUGCAAAAUCAAGUCCUUUAGAUCUGCUCCUCUGUUUCUUUCCAUUGCAUUCUCUUCUCUGUUUCCUCUGCAACUCUCCCCGUCUUCCAUGUCCUAAUGCCUCUUCUUCUUCUUCUUCUUCUUCUUUCUCGUCAUUGGAGCUUCUGUUUGUUCUUCUUUUGUUGUGGCAAUGAUCCUUUAACCCAAAUUCCAACUGGUUCGAUUGAAUUGAAUUGAAUUGAAUUGAAUUGAACUGAACCCAUUUGGGUGUGGCUUGAUUGUCGCUGUUUCCGGGGAAUGGGUGGAGCUCCGGCGAGUGAAGCUUUUUCCGGUGACGUUUGAGGAUUGGAGAAGAUGUUCAAGUCGGCGAGGUGGAGGAGUGAGAAGAACAGGAUCAAGGCUGAGUUCAAAUUGCAAUUCUGUGCGACUCAGAUAUCUGAAUUUGGCGGUGAUUCAUUGACGAUAUCGGUGGUUCCUGGUGAUGUGGGGAAGCCGACGCUGAGACUGGAAAAGGCGACAGUUCGAGGAGGAAAAUGUCGGUGGGAGAAUCCUGCUUAUGUAACAGUUAAGUUUGAUGCAGACCAGAAAACUGGAAAGUUCACUGAGAAAAUCUACCAUUUUCGAGUUUCUUCGGGAUUGACCAAAGCUGGUUUACUUGGUGAAGUUUCUAUUGAUUUUGCUAAAUAUGCUGAAACCACCAAGCCUUUCUCUGCUUCUCUUCCCCUCCACAAUUCAAAUUCUGCAGUUUUGCAUAUUUGGAUACAGAGGAUUCAGGAAGAUGCUGCUCAGAGAGAUUUGGAAGAGUUUGAGGACUCGAAAACUAGAUCUCAAGAUGAGAGCUUAAGCAGCUACUUGAACAACGAGGAUAUGAACAAGAACAGUCAAACUCAAGUGGGAUUGCUUCCUCAAUACGCCAAAAAUGAUGGGUUGAAUGAUGAAGCUGAAAGAAAUGGUGAUCAUAGAACAUCAAGUGGAUCAGACAGUACAGUUUCAAGUUAUGAGAGUAGCUCUGGACUUGACAGUCCAGUAGGAAAUGGGAUUAGGAACAACACCCAUCAGCAACCUAAUGGCUUUCUUUCACCAUUAAGCCAUGCCCCAGAUUCUCACAAAUCACCUGCUCAUGAAGAGAAUCAUGCAUUCCCGUGGAAGUGGUCGGUUCAAUCUGAUCAAACCGAUGAUUCGGGAGUCAAUGGCAUUGUAGGAGGAAGGUCCAAAAAGGAAACUGAUAUUGAGAAUGAGGAACUGAAGAAUGAGCUUUCUGUGUUGAGCAGACGAGCAGACAUGUCGGAUAUGGAGUUGCAGACGCUUCGUAAACAGAUUGCGAAAGAGAAUAAGAGAAGCCAUGAUCUUAUGAGUGAGGUUUCUAGCUUGAAAGCGGAGAGAGAUGAAUGGAGAGCAGAAUGUGAGAAGUUGAAGGGCUUUCAAAAGCACAUGGAUGAUGCAAAAGUUAAAAACAAGCUGCAGUUUGAACAUGGGGAUCUGCGGGCUCUUAUAGAAGAAAUGAGACAAGAAUUGAAUUAUGAGAAAGACUUGAAUGCCAAUCUCCGGUUACAACUACAGAAAACUCAAGAAUCGAAUACCGAGUUGAUUUUAGCGGUACAAGAUCUCGAGGAGAUGCUGGAGCAGAAGAACUGUGAAAUAUCAGAGGCCAAGAAAGCUGAAGAAGAGGAUGAUGAGCUAAAAGCACUUGAAGAUCUUGUGAAGGAUCAAAAGAAUGAUAGAAAAGCAUAUGAACUGGAGCAAAAAGUGAUGGAACUCUACGAUGAAAUCGAGCUGCAUAUGAGAGAUAAGGACGAGCUAGCAAUACAAACGGAGCAGCUUGCGCUUGAUUAUGAGAUAUUGAAACAGGAAAACCAUGUUCUUUCCUGUAAACUGGAGCAGUGUCAACUUCAGGAGCAAUUAAAGAUGCAGCAUGAGCGCUCCUCUUCCGCUGCUGCUAUGAUAAAUGAGCUUGAAAAGAAGAUUGAGUAUCUCGAAAACGAACUUAAACAGCAGUCGGCUGAAUAUUCCAAUACUUCUGCUACAAUCAGGGAACUUCAAUCCCAUGUCAGAAGUUUGGAGGAAGAACUUGAGAAGCAGGGGCAAGAUUUCGAAGCUGACUUGGAGGCAAUGACGGUUUCCAAGGUCGAGCAAGAGAAAAGAGCUAUCCGAGCGGAAGAAGCUUUAAGAAAAAUGAGGUUGAGAAAUGCUCAUACUGCAGAAAAGCUUCAGGAGGAAUUUGGAAGGCUGUCCAAGCAGAUGGCUUCUACAUUUGAGGCAAAUGAGAAUGUGGCUAUGAAAGCACUAGCAGAAGCUAGUGAGCUUCGCUCACAGAGAACUCACUUGGAAGAAGCUCUCCAGAAAGCCAAUGAAGAGCUACGAUCCGCGAGAGAAAAAUUGCAUGAACUUUCUCAUCAAAUCAAGAGCAACUCAACUCAGAUAGAACAAAUGACAUCAGAACUCGAGACUAAGUCCAAACAACUCGAACACCAGGAUACAAAGUCUGAAUCGUUCUCUCAGGAGAUCCAAAUGCUCAAAUCCGAGAUCAACCGACUCGUAGGAGAGAAUAGCAAUCUUAAAGAACAAGCUGAACAGGUAGAGACUAUGAGAGUAGAUUUAGCUCAAAUGACGACGUUAGCUAGAGAAGGCGAGAUGCUAAUCCAAACAAGAAAUACCGAAAGAAACGAGCUGGAGAGCAAGGUUAUCUUGGCGAAGAAAGAAUCUGACAAACUCCUGGAUGAGUUGGAGAAGCUGAGGGACACGAAAGACGAAAAGGAGAUUUUGCUAGAACUUCUACAGGCAGAGUUUCAGAAGCUCAAAGUUGAAUGCAAUGACUUAAAGCAUUCUUUGGCUGAGGAUGAGAUAGAGAAAGAGAAACUUAGAAAGCAGAUAUUGCAGCUGAAAGCUGAGCUGAAGAAGGAGGAGGCCUCUAACAGUUCUGAGAAAAAGCUCAAGCAUAACAAUGGACGUGUGGCUGCAACUAUUGGUGGAAACAAAACUUCUCCAAAACCAAAGCUAAAUCCAGCUUCUCAUGGACCUGCUGAAGUUGCUAAUUUGAGGGAGAAAAUCAAAAUGCUCGAGAGACAGAUAAAAUCAAAUGAAAACGCCUUAGAAACAUCAGAGAAUUCAUUUCUCCAAAAGGAACAAGACUUCUGCAAUAGAAUCCUAGAGUUGGAGAGCAGACUAGAAGAGCUAAACCAUUUGGAGACAUCUCAAGAGGUAACCAACAGUAGAAACGACAUCACUUCACAUGGGGGAACGUUCGAGGAGACGAGACGGAGAGCAGACAACUUAAGCAAUAAUGGCAAUGAAUUAUCAGUCAAUAGCAACACAAACUCGUUCAAAACCGCUCCGACGGUUGGCGAUAGCAAUGGCAACCUUGAUGAACUGUUGACAGAAUUGUCAUCAUUAAAAGAGAAGAACCAAUCAAUGGAAAAUGAACUGAAGGAUAUGCAAGAGAGAUACUCAGAGAUAAGUCUUAAGUUUGCAGAGGUAGAAGGUGAAAGGCAGCAGCUAGUAAUGACCGUGCGCAACCUCAAGAAUGCAAAGAGGAAUUAACUCUUCUCUAACAACACACUUGUACUUGAAUACUCAUAUAUUAUAAUGUAUAGUUGAGGAGCUCCUUUCACCAAAUUGAAUAAAUUAAUUGUAUAUUGUAU